GUCAUCGAUGACAUCAAAAGACGUCGAAAUAACUUCCUUCGAGCAAAGAGAGACCUCAUCCUUCCUCUUCUAGACAAUGUUCCCGACGUACUGAGGAAUCCUGAACAUCACGGGCAACCAACGAUCGAGCAGCAGCAACAACUGACUUCUCAGCCGAGAGGGUUGCGGGCAACCCUAAAACCAUACCAGCUUGACGGUCUCUCGUUCCUCAUGUACCUUCGACGAAACGGAAUGGGUGGAAUUCUAGGCGACGAGAUGGGACUCGGCAAAACUUUGCAGACAUUGACGCUCUUUGCACAUGUCACGGAGAGUGAACGAGCGUCUUGCACCAACCCUGCGCCAUUUCUGGUUGUUUGCCCUCUGAGCGUCUUGGAUACUUGGAUGACUGAAAUGACAAAGUGGACUCCGAACCUCACUCCCGUCAAGUUUCAUGGGAACCGCAAUCAGAGAGCCAUAGUAAAGAAGAUCUUCUCGAAGAAGCAAGGCAAGGAGGGCUGCUUCAAAGAGGAUGUCAGAAGUACAGUGCUAAUCACCUGCUACGAGACGUUGAUGACGGACAUCCUCUGGUUCCGGAAGGUGGCAAUCUGGAAGUAUGUUGUACUCGACGAAGGCCAUCGGAUCAAGGACAGCAACUCCAAGCGGGCACAGGCUAUGGGCAAGCUUCGUGCCGAAUAUAAGCUCAUACUCACAGGUACUCCGAUUCAAAACAACUUGGGCGAAGUGUGGUCGCUGUUGCACUGGCUUUUCCCCGAAGUUUUCACACUGUCGUCGGCUAAGCUGUUCAAGGACGCAUUUUCGCUGAACGAGGGCAAAUCCGAUGCUGCCUUCUCAACUCAUAUCAAGGGGUUUCUCAACCUCAUCAUGUUGCGACGACUGAAGGACUCUCCGCAAGUCGGAAUCAAUCUGCCACCCAAGCAGGUUGUCACACUCGCUGUGCCGCUUUCGAAGCUACAACACUCUCUGUAUAUGAAAGUGCUGACAGGACUAGACGAAGCACUCGGUGAACCAGCGGCCAAACGGAAAUGGAAGAUAUCGGAUAAUGUUCUCAUGGAACUACGAAAGUGUGCCAUUCACCCUUGGUUAUUGAACAACGGCCCAGAAAAUUCAGACGACCAUGUUAGCACCCUCCUGUCAUGCUCAGGCAAGCUUCUUGCGUUGAGCAAGUUGGUCCGCCACUUCGUCUUCACCGAAAAGAAGAAGGUCGUUAUCUUUUCAUGUUUCGUCAAGGCUCUUGAUAUUUGCGAGGAGCUCUUGGGAAUCCUGCAGAGACGCGGUCUCUUCGAACAUGUCAGGCUUGACGGAAGUACUUCUCGAGCUUGGCGCAGGCUCUGUGUCCAUCUCUUCAACAACCUUCCCCAGUUCAUGGUCUUCCUAGUAUCGAUUCGGGCCGGUGGCGAGGGGCUUAACAUGGUCGGGUCUUCGGUGGUCAUCUUUUUAGACGAAGAUUGGAAUCCGCAAGUAAUGAGACAGGCUGAAUCUCGCGUGCACCGUAUAGGCCAAACGCAGCCGGUAAGGAUCUUCAGGCUUAUCUCCAAGGGUACCUUAGAAGAGCAGAUGAGCCGCCGCCUGCUCAAGAAGUCAUAUCUUUCAUCGAAGAUCAUUGAAGAGGAGCGCAUCUUCGAAGCUGGAAACGGUCAUGACUAUACCCUGACCGGGAUCGACGAGACGCCUCCGAUGCGUCUCAUUGCCUGCGAAGGUCUCCAAGAAAAUAGCUUGGCAGAUAUGAGGUCGUGGAGUUUCGAAUCUCUUCUUGACAGGUGCACUAUCAACUCGAACACGGCCAAGGACCUCGCGAACACCCCUUCCUGGUGGGAAGUGUCGGAGCGGGUGCGCACGAAUAUCUUUAAUGGGCAGAAGGUUGAGAAACUGUCUAGGUCCCAGUCAUUUUCAAACGACGCGCCCUAUUUCGCCCGCGCAGAACGUCGAAUUGGCAAAGGGCGGGUCAUCAAAAUUGAGGGUUUCGAGGUCAGCAAGGAGAAUCUGCGCAUGCAUAUCACAUCUCCAACCACACCAAAAUCACCAGGGAUUGGAAAACUGAAGUCCAUGGCAAACGAGAUCGUGAGUACAACAUGUGGGAUCUGUAAGAGGUUCGAACCUCUGGAUUGCAAAACCUGUCCUCGAGCAUAUCACUGGGAAUGUCUGCCGGAUUCGAUGAAGUCGCACACGAACGAGGCUCGUUUCAGUUGCCCCCAUCAUGUUUGCUCGGGUUGCGAGAAAAGGGCAUCUGAGGCCGGUGGGCUCUUGUUCUGUUGUGCGAGGUGUCCGCUCGCAUUCUGCGAAGAUUGUCUCGAUUGGGAAAAAGCCAAGUUCAUUGGGAGUAACUAUGCCCUGGAAAACCUUGGAUACCACCCACACUCCUAUUUCUACAUUCACUGUCCCAGCUGUAUUGGCGGUCGCAAGCGAUCCGGCGAUGAGUUCGAUGGCACGAUUUCAAAGCGCUUGAAAUGGGGGGAAUGA